GGUUAAUUCUUACUUUUGUCCAUUUCCAGCUUGCAAAACACUACACAGCAAAAUAAUGAUCUGCUAGACUGCUAACCCGAGCAUCCAGCUUCCACAAUGCCUGUGCAGGCAGCUCAAUGGACAGAAUUUCUGUCCUGUCCAAUCUGCUAUAAUGAAUUUGAUGAGAAUGUGCACAAACCCAUCAGUUUAGGUUGUUCACACACUGUUUGCAAGACCUGCUUGAAUAAACUUCAUCGAAAAGCUUGUCCUUUUGACCAGACUGCCAUCAACACAGACAUUGAUGUGCUUCCUGUCAACUUUGCACUUCUCCAGUUAGUUGGAGCCCAGGUACCAGAUCAUCAGUCGAUAAAGUUAAGUAAUCUAGGUGAGAAUAAACACUAUGAGGUUGCAAAGAAAUGUGUUGAGGAUUUAGCACUCUACUUAAAACCACUAAGUGGAGGUAAAGGUGUAGCUAGUUUGAACCAGAGUGCACUGAGCCGUCCAAUGCAAAGGAAACUUGUGACACUUGUAAACUGUCAACUGGUGGAGGAAGAAGGUCGUGUAAGAGCCAUGCGAGCAGCCCGCUCACUUGGAGAAAGAACUGUAACAGAAUUGAUAUUACAGCACCAGAACCCUCAGCAAUUGUCUGCCAAUCUAUGGGCCGCAGUCAGGGCUCGAGGAUGCCAGUUUCUAGGGCCAGCUAUGCAAGAAGAGGCCUUGAAACUGGUGUUGCUGGCAUUAGAAGAUGGUUCUGCCCUCUCACGGAAAGUUCUGGUACUUUUUGUUGUGCAAAGACUAGAACCAAGAUUUCCUCAGGCAUCAAAAACAAGUAUUGGUCAUGUUGUGCAAUUACUGUAUCGAGCUUCUUGUUUUAAGGUUACCAAAAGGGAUGAAGACUCUUCCCUAAUGCAGCUAAAGGAAGAAUUUCGCAGUUAUGAAGCAUUACGCAGAGAACAUGAUGCCCAAAUUGUUCAUAUUGCUAUGGAAGCAGGACUUCGUAUUUCACCUGAGCAGUGGUCCUCACUUUUAUAUGGUGACUUGGCUCAUAAAUCACACAUGCAGUCUAUCAUUGAUAAGCUACAGUCUCCAGAAUCAUUUGCAAAGAGUGUCCAAGAAUUGACAAUUGUUUUGCAACGAACAGGUGACCCAGCUAACUUAAAUAGACUGAGACCUCAUUUAGAGCUUCUUGCAAACAUAGACCCUAAUCCAGAUGCUGUUUCACCAACUUGGGAGCAGUUAGAAAAUGCAAUGGUAGCUGUUAAAACUGUAGUUCAUGGUCUUGUGGACUUCAUACAAAAUUAUAGUAGAAAAGGUCAUGAGACACCUCAGUUGAAAGGUAAAUAUUUUCAUCUUAUUAGUCAUAAAAAUAAGAAUGACAUCUUAGAUUUUGAUGCAAAUUAUAGCGGUAGGUAUCGAUUAAGGAACAAAAAGAUCAGUGCCACUGUAAGAACGUUUCCUCUUCUAAAUAAAGUUGGUGUAAACAACACUGUCACAACCACAGCCGGAAAUGUCAUUUCUGUCAUAGGAAGUACUGAAACAACGGGGAAAAUUGUUCCAAGUACAAACGGAAUUCCAAAUGCAGAAAACAGUGUAUCCCAGCUAAUCUCACGUAGUACUGACAAUACCUUAAGAGCCCUGGAGACUGUGAAGAAAGUGGGAAAGGUUGGCACUAAUGGCCAGAAUGCUGCUGGGCCGCCUGCAGAUUCUAUAACUGAAAAUAAAAUUGGUUCUCCACCCAAAACUCCUACUGUAAGUAAUGUAGCGGCUACCUCAGCUGGGCCCUCUAAUGUUGGAACAGAGCUGAAUUCUGUGCCUCAAAAAUCCAGCCCAUUUCUAACUAGAGUACCAGUAUAUCCUCAGCAUUCUGAAAACAUUCAGUAUUUUCAAGAUCCAAGGACUCAGAUACCCUUUGAAGUUCCACAAUACCCACAGACAGGAUACUACCCACCACCUCCAACGGUACCAGCUGGUGUGGCUCCCUGUGUUCCUCGCUUUGUGAGGUCUAAUAAUGUUCCAGAGUCCUCUCUCCCACCUGCUUCCAUGCCAUAUGCCGAUCAUUACAGUACAUUUCGAGAUCGAAUGAAUUCUUCUCCUUACCAACCUCCUCCUCCGCAACCGUAUGGACCAGUUCCUCCAGUACCUUCUGGAAUGUAUGCUCCUGUGUACGACAGCAGGCGCAUCUGGCGCCCACCUAUGUACCAACGAGAUGACAUUAUUAGAAGCAAUUCUUUACCUCCAAUGGAUGUGAUGCAUUCGUCUGUCUAUCAGACGUCUUUGCGGGAAAGAUAUAACUCAUUAGAUGGAUAUUAUUCAGUGACUUGUCAGCCACCAAGUGAGCCAAGGACAACUGUGCCUUUACCAAGGGAACCUUGUGGUCAUUUGAAGACCAGUUGCGAGGAGCAGAUAAGAAGAAAGCCAGAUCAGUGGGCACAGUACCAUACUCAGAAAGCACCUCUUGUCUCUUCAACUCUUCCUGUGGCAACACAGUCACCAACACCACCUUCUCCUCUAUUCAGUGUAGAUUUUCGCACGGAUUUCUCUGAGAGUGUGAGUGGUACAAAAUUUGAAGAAGAUCAUCUUUCCCAUUAUUCUCCCUGGUCUUGUGGCACCAUAGGCUCCUGUAUAAAUGCCAUCGAUUCAGAGCCCAAAGAUGUAAUUGCUAAUUCAAAUGCUGUGUUAAUGGAUCUGGACAGUGGAGAUGUUAAGAGAAGAGUACAUUUAUUUGAAACUCAGAGAAGGACAAAAGAAGAAGAUCCAAUAAUUCCCUUUAGUGAUGGACCCAUCAUCUCAAAGUGGGGUGCAAUUUCCAGAUCAUCCCGUACAGGUUACCAUACCACAGAUCCUGUCCAGGCCACUGCUUCCCAAGGAAGUGCAACUAAGCCCAUCAGCGUAUCAGAUUAUGUUCCUUAUGUCAAUGCUGUUGAUUCAAGGUGGAGUUCAUAUGGCAGUGAGGCCACAUCAUCAGCACACUAUAUUGAACGGGAAAGAUUCAUUGUUACUGAUUUAUCUGGUCAUAGAAAGCAUUCCAGUACUGGGGACCUUUUAAGUCUUGAACUUCAGCAGGCCAAGAGUAACUCUUUACUUCUUCAGAGGGAGGCUAAUGCUCUGGCUAUGCAGCAGAAGUGGAAUUCCCUGGACGAAGGUCGUCACCUUACUUUAAAUCUGCUAAGCAAAGAAAUUGAACUGAGAAAUGGAGAGUAUAUUUCUUACUUACAGAGUGAUUAUACAGAAGAUGCAACAGAUACUAAGCCUGAUAGGGAUAUUGAAUUAGAACUUUCAGCACUUGAUACUGAUGAACCUGAUGGACAGAGUGAACAAAUUGAAGAGAUCCUUGACAUACAACUUGGUAUCAGUUCUCAAAAUGAUCAGUUGCUAAACGGAACAGCAAUGGAAAAUGGGCAUCCAGUUCAGCAGCACCAAAAGGAGACACUAAAGCCGAAGAAACAGAGUUUAGGUGAAGACCAUGUGAUUCUGGAGGAGCAAAAAGCAAUUCUGCCGGUAACUUCUUGCUUUAGCCAGCCACUCCCAGUGUCUGUUAGCAGUGCAAGUUGCCUCCCCAUCACCACAUCUGUUAGUGUUGGCAACCUCAUUCUGAAAACUCACGUUAUGUCUGAAGAUAAAAAUGACUUUUUAAAACCUGUUGCAAAUGGGAAGAUGGUUAACAGCUGAAAGGAGAUUCAUCUUUCAAAUUUGUGACCACACCAUGGAAGCAUUUACACUAGCUUUUUAUAUAUAUAAUAUAUAUUAUAUAAUGUAUAUUUUUUUUAAAAAAAGAUAUUACUGGGGGCAUCCAUUUCCUGUGGACUCUUUGAUACUUCAAGCCCUCUUGCAUUAGCAUUAUGAAAAAAAAAAAAGAAAAUUUACUAGGGUAACAUGUUCACUUUCCAGAAGUGAUUGGAAUUUGGACAACAUUUAACUUAAGCUUCAAGCAGCUUUUUAUGAGUUUGUAGCAAUCCGGUGCAGUAACUGAGCCAUUUCCUAUUUUAAAUGGCUUCUAUAGAAAAUUAACAACUCAGUUAUUAAACUAGCAGGAUCCUACAGUGAUACAUCUAGUGAAAGUAGACUUAAUUAACUUAUUUAUUUCUUUUUUAUGUUUCACUGAGAGAAGUUUCCAUCUCAUUCCAGCUGCUUUAUUUAUCUUUUUAUGAGACUUUGCAUGGAUUUUUUUUUUCUGUUUUCUUUUUUUAAUUUUGAUGAGUGGAAUUAGACAUUCGUACCAUAGAAUUUUACAGGGUUAUAUACUAGCUUUAUUUACUGCAUUAUAUGUAGGAGUGUGGUGCAGUGCUUUUAUCUGUAGCAUUUAAUUUUUAAAAAAAUUUUCCAUUUUUCAAGAAUAGUUUCUGCUUUGUUAAUAUUUCUACACAGGCUACUUGUUGAAGUAAUUAAUUAAAAAUAUAACCAAGUGCCUAAGUCUUUCAGCUGAUGUACUAGAUAUUAAAUUCUCCUAAGUUAUGCAGAAUCGUUUUUACAAUUUUGAUAAAUUAUGCACUAAUGUAAUGGCAGUUUUUUAAAAUGCAGAUUUAAGCCUGUACAUUAUUGAAUCUGAUGACUUGGCAAAAGAAUCAGGUGCUUUCAGCUUUCUUGAGAAAACCCUGUAUGUAGCGUUUGCACUGACUAACAAGAUGGUGUUGCUGGGUUUUUAAUUUAAACUAAUUAAUUUGGAUGUUCAUUGCAUUAUCUUGGUUAAAUAUUGUUUACUGUUACUUCAUGUUGGGAUUUAAUUUUUGUUAUUUUUUGACUGUUAGGUUAGUAAGACUAUGAACCAUGUAAUAAUAGAACAUUGGCUAACAUUUAUUCAUACUUAAAAACAUGAAUACGUUCUGCUCUGCUAAAAUGUGACUGAAAUGGUUUUGACUUGACAUCUGAAAGUAUGCAGUAUGUUCAACCAGCCAUGCCUCAGAUUUAUGGAGAGUAUUUUAUUGAAAUUGAAGUUUCAGUCAACAUUUGAAAACAAAAGCUGAGCAUUUCUUCAUGGUGAUCUUACCUAUUGUUUAUCUUUUUGUUUUUCCUCUAUUUCUUUAAGAUUAGUUUGACUAUUAUUAUUUUUUUAAUUAACUUCUGUGAAGUUGUUUACUCUGAAAAUUGUACUGGAAUAUUUUAAGCCAAGCUGAUCUUUCACCAGGUGUACUGUAUGUAAGGGCUUUUCCUGCUAGCAAGAUGCUUAAACAGGAUCAUGUUAUUGGUCGUCUGAGCUAUUUAGUUGUUUUACAAAACCACAGCAUUGUAUCAGAUAAGAUUUUGAUAACAAGUUUUGUGCACAUUUCCAGGGGUGGGAGGGUUGACAUUUCCCUGAAAUUUCUUGAUCAGAAUGAGUAAAUACUGGUGUUUGAUACCUGUCUUAAUGAACAUGCUCAUAAGGUGACUGAUAAGUUGUAAAUAUACCUGAGAAACAAAGGGGUAGUUUUGAUAUUCUGGUGUCAGUAUGGAAGAUCUUACACAUUUAUUUAAUACUCAAGUAUAUGAAGAUGUUUGUUUGUAGCAUAACAGCACAGUAGCCUUGACUUAGUUUCCUUUGGUUAGUACUGUACCUUUUUGCCAUGGCCAGUGCUCCCUAUCCCUACAAAGACAUUUUAUUUAUUUCACUCUGUAACCUGAAAUGAAUAGGAAUAAGAGUUUUAAACCAUGUUACAUUAACUUAUUUCUGACAUUAUAAAUUAGCCUAGGAUAUUACAGGAACAUGAUUGUUAUAUAAUUUAUAUCAGAACCUUUCUAUAAAUAUGUGCUUAUUACAUUUGAAAUGCUUCCAAUGUACUUUAUUUGCUGUUUGUAAUUCCAAAAAGGAUAUGCAAACCAGUCUGUCUAUUUCACGGAUAUUUAAUAGUGAGAUCUUCCAUGUUGAAGGUAAUGUAUUUUUUUUUAAGAUUUUAAAAUUGCUAUUUUGUUACAAAAUAGAGACCUAUUAACAGUUUGAGAGCUCCUUAUGUGCCCUCAGGGAAAGAACCCUCUGUGCAACAGAACUACACAAAACAUCUUCAGCACGUUCUGAGGGUGAAUAUAUACUACAUAAAUUGAUCUUGUGUAUUUAACCUUAUCUUUUUAAUUUUAAAAUUCAAAUUUUGAAACUUGGUUGUGCUCUGCUGGAAGGGGUUGGGAUAAACUGCUUAGAUGUUUGCCUACUUGUCCAGUGAAAUUACAUUUGCAUCAGUAUAUGUAUAUACCUGCCAAUCUUAUUGGUAUGUCUCAGAACAUUUAUAUUAAAAUAAUGCUUGUCUUGCAGCAGGUGAUCCCAUAAAACAAUAAUUUCCUGUUCUUAAAAACUUACUCUCUUUUCACUAACAACAUAGGAAUUCUUUCUGUAUUGAGGUUAUUCUGUAUUACGUCCAUUCUUUAUAUAGUGGCUACCUUCUCUCUAUCACAGUGGGUUUAAUGUGAAGUAAAGCCAUUGAUUCUCUGUCACUUUAGAGGCAAGGGCAGUUCAUCUGAUCCUUCUGAAUGAUACCUACUGAUGUCAUACAGGAAAAUGUUAGAGAUCAGACCUAGAAUGUGACUUUUUAAAAUUGGGUCAUUUCCUGUCAUUUGACCCUUUUACCAACAGGUUCUGAUAUACAUGAGUUUGGAGUCAAAAGAUACAAAGCAACAAGAGAGGAAAUCUGUAAUGUUGAUAACUAAACUAUAUAUGUUGCCAAUUGUCUAAUCAGAAAAAAGUAGUUUGAGGUCUGGAAAGCAGGAAAGUGAUGGUUUUUCUUUCAUUUUUUGUGUUUCUGUUUUUCAGUUUCUAAGUUUCAAGCCGAAGUCCAUGUACCCCAUUCAGUUUUGUAGCACUGGUAGUUCUUUUUUGUGGUCUCAUUUCAUUUAUGAAUUCUGAGAAAGUUAACAUAAAUACUUUUUGUAGUUAGUACCUGAAUAAAGAAGAUUCUCUUGCCUUUGCUACCAUGACUUUGAAUACCAUGUGGUAAACCAGUUCUAUGUGUGAAAGUUGUGCGUUGUAAUUUUCAAAAGAGGAUAGUUCAUUAGAUCAGUAACACCGAUUUAUUUUCACCAGUAGCGAUUUAUUCUAGUAAGAGAAUAAUAAAAGAAAGCUCUCAUACCAGAACUGAAAUAUUUCAUUUGUAUGGAUCUAGUCACUUUCACUUGGAUUUCAAGUUAAGACCAAUACAUAUAUAAGACACAUCCCAAUUUUAUACGCUGUCUUGAGAAAAUUACAGCAUACACAGCAAUUUGUAGGGAUUUAAAAUGGGAUUAUUUUAAAAAUUGUUUUAAGAACCAUCUAGUUUGCUUUUAUAUUUUUAGAUGUUAAAGCCCAUGUUGUCUUGUUAACAGAAGUGGAAUUUGUAACAAUCAGAUUCAGCAUGUGUUUCCACUUUGAAUCUGAGUAUCGCUUCCCUAACUUUGAGAGCCAUUUUCUGAGCAAACUGUCAUCAGUAUUGAUAACUAAGCAUUAAAGGGAAAAGUUGCAAAAUUAUAUAUUGAUUUCCUGGAAGAACUUUUCUUGUGUUUUAGUGAACGGAGAGUGUUGAUGGGAUCACUUACUGUAACUCCUUCAUAAGGACCCCUUCUGCAAGCAGAAUACAAAUGAACAUGCUCAAGGAGUAUGCCAUUUUCUGAAUAAAUUGAAUAAGUUUGCUAGUAACUCCUUUAUACUAGCUGUAUCUUUGUAUUUCUUUGCUGGCAAGGGAAUACAAGGACUCAAGGCCACAUUUCAGAACACCCCACAGUUGAGUGGAGUUUUAUUUUUACUCCAAGAGCAGUUAUUCCCCCCAGGUCUGAAAUUGGCAGUUUUUCUUUUUUUAGAUAAAAUUUUUGAAAUAUCACAAACCAGUGGAACAUAGACACUGGCUGCACUUAGUACUGCCAAAAGCCAAGGUCAUUUGCACAUAUUCCAUCAAUCUGUCAAGAAUUAGGCCUCACUUUAUAACCCAAGGCAUGGAAGUGCAUGCAUUCUCUUAGCUGGGCAAACAAUUAUACUGUAGUUGUGAUACAACACAUGUGGCUUUUAUUUGUACUGCACAUAUCCACUGUACAGCCACUUGGGAGUAUCGUGGUUAGCUUGCAGCAACUGCUGUCUGCAUUUAUACUGUUUAUUGCAUAUUCUUUUCCCUGGAGUGAAAGAGAAAUGUUUUACUUGUUGCAUUGAUUACAUUUUAUAAAUUUGCUUAGCUGGAAAGUUUGGGAAAAGAGGCCUGUUUGUCAAUUGUACAACCGAUUGUGAAGCUCUAGUGUGAAUAUUUUUACGUCUGUAUUAGACAUUUUCUUUGCAAAUCUAUUGUUCGAUUGAAAUGUAAAUGAAAUUAAAGAUGGUGUACACCCAUCAUGUAAAAAGCAGGCACCAUCUCUAAGAUGGAUUUAAUGCUCAUUUUUAAGGCAUAUACUCAGCUUCUAUUUAAAACUAUAAUUUAAAAUAAUUCUGUACAAUGAAAUGGGGACUAUAUAUGGGAAUAAAUUCUAUUCCAUUUAUUUCAAUUUGAAUUACCAAAUUGUAAUGUUUCCCUUUGUGCUAUAGGAAUAGGAUUAAAUGGGGGAAGGCUAGGACUUAUAAGGCCUAUAUAUGGGGGGAGGGCAGAGAUGGAACAAUGAGGGUUGUGAUGAUAGUGAAUAGCAAAGUGAAUUCUGUGUGUUUUUGCUGUAGCACUGAAGUGAAGAGAUAAUAGCUUUGGCUGUUCACAAAAUAGAGCAUCAUGAUUUUCAGUGUUUGAGAGAAAAAUUGAUGGAAAAAGUUUGCAGUACUUGACAUGUAUUUGCAUGCACAAAAUAAAAUUCUUUGUCCACCUUAAAA